CCAUGGUGGGCGGGGUUGAAUGUGCGUAUAACCCAUGUGAUUGGGCAGUUGACCCGUCCAUUAGAUCAAAGGAACCUACCUGACACUUCCUGCCCAUGAAUGUUUCGCUUGUUUUGGGAGUAUGAUAUUUGUGUAUCUCUGCCAUAUUUGUGUACAUCUCUCGCAAAUGUCUUUACAUUUAUAAACAUAUAACAUCGCCCUGACGCUCUGGAUAAUAACAUGACGCACUGAAUUGGAUCAUACGCGCAGUUGAGCCAGUUUAAUGGAUGACUGGAGGCAAAACGUGAUUGUUUCUUCUCAUUGAUCCAGGAUCAUACAGUACGGAGAUGAAAGAUCCUGGAGUGAGUUUAGCGCUGCAGACUGAGCCGUGCUUUAAUGGACAUGAGAGAGAGAUGAAGGAUAAUUAAAGAGACUGAGGGUGACAAAAAGGCAUGUGAUUGAAGACAAAGGGGACAACUAACACACAACGGAGGUAUGGAUGAUUUGUCAUAUGUGGGGUCUGGCUGAGGGCCACUGUUGCCCGGGCGUCUGCACCCCAUUGGCUGAUUCACCAGCAUGUACCGUAGAAACGGCCUAUCGGAUGGCACCAGCAUUAGCUCCGCCUCCUCUGAGGGAAGUGACAGCUCUGUGUCUGUGGAUGGCCCGAGCGCUGACUACGCAAAGAGCUACGAUGCUGUCGUGUUUGAUGUGCUGAAAGUGACACCAGAGGAGUUCGCAAGCCAAAUAACCCUGAUGGACGCCCCUGUGUUUAAGGCCAUACAGCCAGAGGAGCUUGUUACCUGUGGCUGGAACAAAAAGGAGAAACACAGUUUGGCUCCUAAUGUUGUUGCCAUCACACGGAGGUUCAACCAGGUGAGCUUCUGGUUGGUACGGGAAAUCCUGACCGCUCAAACCCUGAAGAUCCGUGCCGAGAUCCUGAGCCACUUCAUCAAGAUCGCAAAGAAACUUCUAGAGCUGAAUAACCUUCAUUCUAUGGUGUCCGUGGUGUCUGCAUUGCAAAGCGCUCCCAUCUUUAGGCUGAGCAAGACCUGGGCGCUGAUCAGUCGGAAGGACAAGGCCACAUUUGAGAAGCUGGACUACCUGACCUCCAAAGAGGAGAACUACUCCAGGAUGAGAGAGUACAUCCGCUCCCUCAAGAUGGUGCCGUGCAUCCCCUACCUGGGGAUCUACCUGCUGGACAUGAUUUACAUUGACUCGGCCUAUCCUGCAUCUGACAGCAUCAUUGAGACCCAGCAGAGAACCAAUCAGAUGAACAACAUCCUGCGGGUGAUCUCUGACCUCCAGAUGUCCUGCACAUACGAUCACCUCGUGACCCUCCGGCAUGUGCAGAAGUACUUGAUGUCUGUUCGCUACAUCGAGGAGCUUCAGAAGUUCGUGGAAGACGACAAUUUCAAGUAAGUAGGUCUCAAAGGUAAAAUGCAAAGGGACUGUAUUUACAGUGGAGCUCCUGCUUCAAACGGCAUGAUGACUUUAGCAGGACGCAUGGCACCGGCAGAGGCCCGAAGCAAGGGCGACCCGUUGCUCGGAUGAUUUAAGGCUUAGCAAACAGGAAUUGG